GCGCGCGGCGGGGCGCGGGAGGCGGCCGGCGGCCGGCGGCCCGGGCACCGUGAGCCGACGUGGCUGCGGGCGGCACGCAGGCAGCGCCGAGGGCAGUCGGGCGAGCGCCGGGGCUUCGGCGGCCGCGGCCGAGGGCGGGACAGGAAGGCACGGGCGACGCCGCAGCCUCGCCGGGCGCGGGGAGGGAGCUCUGCCCGCGGUUCCUCCCGGGGGCGUCCCCCGCCCCGGGCCAGUGCAGAGGAUACGUGUCAGCACGUUCCCACCCUUGUCAUCUCAUCCCAUGUCACAGCCCCCUUCCAGGCCUGGGAUCCCCCGGCCCCAUUAUCGCCAGGCCCAGCCCCCCGCGCUGACCCGCGGUCCUGUCCAGUUCCUUCGCCUCCAUCGACCGGUCUCCCCGGGCAGCGAGGGCCCCGGCCCGGACUCCCGCAGAAGACACUAGUCAACACCUUCUCAUCCCUGUCAUCUCAUCCCUCUGCCUAGCUCCACCCCAGGCCUGGGAAUCCGGUCCCCUUUGGCCCAUUGUCCCAGGGGCCAGCCCCGCGCCCACCGCCCUCACCCUGACCGGCGCGUGUUCCCCGGCAACGCGCGGAGACCCGGGAUGCAGCCCGCGGGCAGGGCGGCCGUCCGAGAGGCGGCGGGCCGCGACGUGCUGGCCGCCGACCUCCGGUGCAGCCUCUUCGCCUCGGCCCUGCAGAGCUACAAGCGCGACUCGGUGCUGCGGCCCUUCCCCGCGUCCUAUGCCCGCCACGACUGCAAGGACUUUGAGGCCCUGCUUGCAGAUGCCAGCAAGUUACCCAACCUGAAAGAACUUCUCCAGUCCUCUGGAGACAGAGAGAAACGGGCCUGGGACCUGUUUGAAAAGAUCCAAAAGCUGACUGGUACCUCUCACAUGCCUGUCCCCGUGCCGGACUUCCUGUUUGAAAUCGAGUACUCCGACCCAGCGAACGCCAAAUUUUACGAGACCAAAGGAGAACGAGACCUAAUCUACGCCUUCCACGGGAGCCGCCUAGAAAACUUCCAUUCCAUCAUCCACAAUGGCCUGCAUUGCCACCUGAACAAGACAUCCUUGUUCGGGGAAGGGACCUACCUCACCAGUGACUUGAGCCUGGCCCUCAUUUAUAGCCCCCACGGUCAUGGGUGGCAGCGCAGCCUCCUUGGCCCCAUCCUCAGCUGUGUGGCCGUGUGUGAGGUCAUUGACCAUCCAGAUGUCAAAUGCCAAACAAAGAAGAAGGAUUCCAAGGAGCUAGACCGCAGGAGAGCGAGAAUCAAGCACAGUGAAGGGGGAGACAUCCCUCCAAAGUACUUUGUGGUCACCAAUAACCAGCUCCUGCGUGUGAAGUACCUGCUGGUGUACUCACAGAAGCAGCCCAAGAGGGCUUCAAGCCAGCUCUCCUGGGUUUCCAGCCAUUGGUUUACGGUCAUGAUAUCCCUGUAUCUGCUGCUGCUGCUCCUAGUGAGUGUCAUCAACUCCUCAGCUUUCCAACACUUUUGGAAUCGUGUGAAGAGAUAGGAGUCUUUCUGGGCCCGGUGUGGGGGCCACCUCGACCAUGUGCCUUAUGAUAACUUGUUCUGUACCUCCUGUGCCCCACAUCCAGCCAGGUUGAACCUGGGGGCCAGUUGGGGACCACAGGACAAUUUUCACAUGCCAUAAUGUAUCGAUUGCCUUUGAUGAUGCUCCUGGCCACGCUCUGGUCAACGGAGACCCCUGGUCUCUCACUUUUAGGUUUUGGGGGCACCCUCCAGACAGGGCUUCUCCCUAAACGGUCCUAAGGAGUUGGCUUUUCUGCCAGGGCCAAAGGAAAAAGUCCUGCUGCAUUUAAAAACAAAGUGUCCAGGCCGUCAGUGCUGUGUUUACAAUCGCUCCUGGCAGAUGUUGGCCCUUUCUCUAAUGCUUUCUGGAAGGCGGAAAAUGUGUAGUGGGGACUAUAAAUCACUGACGAUUGCCUUGUUUUGACUUGAGACACCCAAGAGGAGCAGUCAUGUUUCUCAUAAAAAUUGGUGGGAUCGUUUUUGAAUUCCAUCAGCCUUUGUAUGUGAGUGCAAAACAUUUUCACGGUUUUCUUAAGUCAACAAACAGCCUCCUGCUACAGCCGUAGCACCCCCCCGCCCAACCACGGAUGAGAAAGGAGGGAGUCAGAGACCUGAAGAAAAAUAUGAACUUAACAAUGAGCGACUCAAGUUGGCUUUUUCUAAAAAUUACCAACUGCUGAUUACAGCUGAAAUGGAACCAAAUGUUUAUUUUCUGAUUUUUUUUAAAAAAUAGCUAUUUGACAAAUGCAUCUUUGUGAGCUGAGUAAAAGGGGAAAUUUCUAAACCUAGAGCACCACUUGGGCAGUGUCCACAGCCUCUCUCCUGGCCAUGAUUUAGAGAAAGGGGUUUAAGCUGCAGGUCUGCCUCCUGUUCCUGUUCUCAUGAAGCUGCCUUGACCGUGGCCUGCCAGCCACAAGCGCCACGCCGUAGGCCGUCUGUGGGCUGCCAGCCGGCCUUGGAGACAGAAGCCUGCCUCAGUGUGCCACGGAUGUGCGUGGACGGAGCCUCCCACGGAGGGGUCGGGUCUUUAGGACUCAGCCUGGGCUUUAAGUGUGCAGGAAGAGCCUCUGGCUGCCCAGAGAGCGGCUGUUUUACUGGCUGUGUUCUCUGCCCCUCCUUCCUGCCCCCUUUCAGCCAUAACGGAGCCCUGUCUGAUCUGGGAAGGGAGAUUUCUGUAAAGAAGGGGGAAAGUCAUUUUUCUAUAAUUUGUGAAGUUGUAAAAAAGCCACGAUCAUGGUUUUUGCAUUGAAUGUUGGAACAUUUCAGAAAUAAUAAAUGUAUUUUCCUAAUUA